AUUCACUUCACGCCCAGUAUACAGACAAGGAACGGGGCUGAACUAUCUAGGUCCAUACGCAUUGUGUGAUUGCACUUCUGAGCGAAUCCCGACUAACAAUCCAUACGCAAAAUGCCGUCACCCAAUUACUAUUCACUACAGGCUCAGAGCCCAGACCAGCAUUCACCACACAACUUCACUCUUUACAUUGAGGUCAAGCUUUAUGAGGAUGCCAAAGACGAUGGAUGCAUCAACAUCCAUCAAAUCCAGGAUCAAGUCCGCAGGUGGCUUUUCCAAACCUAUCGAUCAGUCAGGAUAGGCCAGCAGCUCAAUGACACGAGUGGGUUUCUUCGCAUCGCCUUCUAUAACUAACACAGCCAUACCAUUGCAUUUGAUAUGAUUACUCACAGAUCAUGACUAUAGAUACACUUUCCUGUCAGAACCUCAUCCAGAGUUGCAAAGUUACAGGCCAUUCAGAUCUGGACAGCAGUGCCGUGAACCAUACCCUGUCCAACAACAACGUCGAAGUGGCAGUAUACAAUCUUCACACAGUCGAAGAUCACGUCGAAACCCCUGAUGAUGAUUCGGAUAGUGCUUCUUCAUUUUCCAUACUACCCUUACCGUACCUAGACUUUGAUGGGUGUUGGGAAGGUCUUGUUUUCGAUGAACCGCUCCCAGAACAAUUGUUUCGGAUCAUCACUCGCAUGAUGCAUAUUAUUCACAAGACUGACCUGAGAUCAUCUACAAUAACCUGGCUGAAUUUGGUCUUGCUGUAUGGUGCCCCAGGCACCGGAAAGACUACGCUUGCAAAAGCCCUUGCCCAAAAGCUCUCAAUUCGGAUGGCCCACAUCUACCCUAAAGCCAGGUUCCUUGAAAUCAAUUGCCAUAUACUGCUCAGUAGAUGGUUCGGAGAAUCAAGCAAACUUGUAGGCAAGCUAUUCGAGAACAUACGUUUGCAUUCAGACGAUCCAUCGACUCUCGUUGUGGUAUCAAUAGACGAGGUUGAAACACUGGCAGGGUCACGCGAGAAGGCGGCAUCCGGCACUGAAUGUCACGAAAAUCUCAGAUCCACAAAUGAAUUACUCAGAGGUCUUGACAAGCUCUACAACCGACCAAACGUAGUGAUCAUCUGCACGAGCAAUCUUAAAGACGUGCUCGAUGACGCUUUCGUGGACCGUUGCCGAAUAAAGAAACAUCUCGACAGCCCGAACGUGGAUUGCAUCUAUAAUAUCCUUCGCUCAGCUAUCAACGAACUUAUCAAACUUGGACUCGUGGUCUAUGAUGUCACAGAACUCAACGCAGCCACCAAGAAUAGCACACAAGCGGAACAAGGGACCCCAAAAUUCAUGCCUGUGUCUCUUUCCCCAUUAAGCGCACACAACUCUCUUCAUAAGGAGGACAGGUCGUACGUCCCUGAUCUGGACUGGGUCAUCGGCAACCUAUCACAUCUCACAUAUGAUGAUCAGCCUGAAACAGCGCCAAUAUUGCUGCGAAGAAUAGCACAGUCUGCAAUGGGUCUCUCUUCACGGACCCUUCGGACCCUGCCCAUCGCGGCUCUUGCUGAGUACACUGUCGCCGAGCCGUGUGACUUCCGGCAGCUGCUUGGGGCGCUUGAACGGAAGCUCGCUGAGGAGCGUGGGACUUGAUUGGAUCACGAACGACGGUUGAGGCAUCACACGAUGGGAAUUGAGGUGAAGGCAAGCCAGGUGACAAUUUGUGGAAUAGGCUUGACUA